UGCCGUUGGGUAGUACUGCACAUGCGUAGUUGAUUGUUGAUCAAGAUGGCGGACGCUUUGAAUGUCAAGAAAAUGAAGGUUGCAGAGCUCAGAAAAGAGCUCGCUGUCCAUGGUUUAGAUAUAAAGGGAAACAAAAACGACCUCAAAGAACGACUCAAAGAAUUCCUUCGACAACAAGGACAUGAAGUAGACCACAGUGAAGAUGCUGGCGAUGAAGAAGUUGAGGAUGACUUGGAACCAGCAACUGGCGAUGAUGAAGAGGAAGAAAUAAGCGAUGAUGUCUUGGCUGAAGAAUCCUUAGAACAGAAACCAGAGUCAAAUAAAGUAACUCCACUCAACGGUGCUGAAAAUAAGGAUCCUCUUCCAGAAGUUGUUCAAACAAAGAAGACAGUACAAACUCCCAUAAAACAAGCAGUGACUGCCAAGACUGUAAUAACAAAGCCUUUAACAGAAGAAGAGAGAAAACUUCAAAGAAUGAAAAGGUUUGGUAGUCCAGCAAGUGAGGAAAACAAGAAACUAUCACGUGCCCAAAGGUUUGGUUCCAACACAUCCAGCAUUUCUUCUCCAGAGUCUGGUGACCUAGCCAAGCUUAAAAAACGUGCUGAAAGGUUUGGUGCAGUAUCACCUGUUGUUUCCAAGAUUGAAGACCAGGACAGAUUAUUGAAAAGAAAAGAACGUUUUGGAGCAUCAUUGAUCACAGCUGAUGAUUCUAUAGAGGCCAAGAAGAAAAAGCGUGCAGAGCGAUUCAGCACUUAGCAGAUGACGGACUAAAAGAAUACCAGCUUUUUGAUGACAACUCUAAAUAUGUUUCUCAUAAAUCUAGAAAAUGGCUUUGGGAAAAGUUGGACUUUCCAAUACACCCCUUGGAAACAGGAUGAAUUAAUCCAAAUUAGAUCUUUUAUGUGUACAUAUAUCUCGAUUUCAAUGUUAAAAAGUCUGCGAGAUCAAAGAUAGCUGGAACUCGGGUAAUAAUGUUUUCGUUAAAGAGGCGAUUCACUGGGGGUCAUUAGCUGUUUUUAUCUUCCAGUAAGAAUUCUCAAACUUUUGCUACUCGCUGUUACAAUUAUAUUUUAACCAAUCACGACGGAAGAUUGAAACCUUGGAGGAGAAACCUCAGAAGAAAGCUAUCCCUUACUCUAAGUCAUAUUAGUGUUUUGAUACGGGAUAUCUUUUUCCAGAGAAUGAUAGAACGAGUAAUAGCCCACUUUCGAUAGUCUGACACGUGACUUACGAUGUGUCAGAAACGGGGCUCCAGUCUCUCUCUUUUGCUUGAAUGGACAUCCAUACCGUUCUUACCGUAUAUCAAUGUUGUUACUUGAAAUAAAACUUUAUAAAACAAA